AUGAGUUCUCAGAAAGAUAAGGGAGACAGAAAGAAGGGCGGAGGUUCAGAGUCUGACGAGCAGAUUCAUUCAGCAAACAGUUGGGAGUCAGCAGACUUAGGAGACAAACAGCGCAAUGAGAAAUUUCUCAGAUUAAUGGGGGCAUCUAAGAAAGAACACCAUGGGAAAAUUGUAAUUGGUGAUCAAAAACCAGUUCAGAAGAGAGAAAGAAAAGAUGACAAGCAGCUGGCCGAGCAGCUAGAGGAGCAGUUUGAACACAGCAUCGAACACCGUCUGGUAGGAGGAAGGAGAGGUCACCUGGGGCUUGGCUAUCAUCCUGAGUCAGAGAAAACAGCUGAGGAAGACAAACAGGAGGUUGAGGAGGAUGAAGGUGUGGAGGCAAAAGUGGAAGAAGAAUCAGAGGAGGACACUGUUCCAGAUGAAGCUGAAGAAGAGACAGAUGAUGAAGAUGAACAGAUUCCUCAAAAUAACACCCAGAAAGAAGGUUCCGGAAAAAGAGACAGUUUAGAUAAACCCUCGGAAGUGGGUGUAAAGAAAAUGAAAUUUGUUAAAAGUGACUGA